UCAUCGAAAACAUGAACGCCCCUCCCCCCACCACCAAACCCCCUUUAGGUCGUGUCGUGCAGCGCGCGGCGUAGAAUCUCCUCUUUCUCACCGCUUGCUUGCUUGCAUGGUCGCUCCCGGCAGAAUCGGGAUUGCAUGUGUCAUCGUCCGUCGAACAGCAGCGCAGCCGCCGCCGCCCGAUACCGCGGAUCCCAACGACGGUUUUUCAACGGGAUACGUAACCAACGCGGGAUGGGGGGGCUGCUCCAUGCUUGGCGCGAGGCGCAUGGUGGACGACCGAACGGCAUCUUCCUUUUUCUUUAGCAUUAGAAGGGGCUGGGCGGGGAGGCGCGUUUCGAUGUUGAUGGGAUGAUAGAUGAAUGCCCACUCCGUGGUGGCGACUGGCCAUGACCGUCAUGGCUGCGGUCAUUGUUUUCCCCCCAGCAAGCAAAGGU